AUGCAGCGAGGUGAUGACGACGACGCUUUGCAGAGCUACAGCUACAUCGGCGAAGACCACGUUUACAAGCAAGAUCCCGACACAUGCUUCAAAGUGUUGCACAGGGACCUCUCUGGAAUGCCGGGCCCGGCACACACUGAUGCGCCGGACCUGAGCGAGGUCUUGGACCUGGCCGACCCGGAAGGGCCGAGCCGCUUGCCGCUGUGCGGCUCGGCCCUAACACGGGACCGCGCGUCCCCGCCCGACAACCCGGCCUCGCCGGACAUGACUGCUGCGGGAAAAAGGUGUGUGUGUGUGUGUGUGUGUGUGUGUGUGGAAAAAACAAGUCUUCUUCGCGAUCUUCGCGCUGUUGCACAGAGGUGUGUUGAACAAAAAAUAUUUUGUUGA